AAGUGGCAGCACAGCAGAGGCUGAGCAUCGUGCAGAGCAGAGACCUGCAGCCACCCAACUCCAGCCCUGCUCACUGUGCCAACGUCCUGCAGACCAUGAAGGGCCCCGCAGCCGUCCUGGCCACUCUGCUCCUCCUGGCCCUCUGCUCCUCAGCUGUGGCCCAUCUGGAUGCCCUACCCACAACCUGCUGCUUCUCCUACGUUCCACGUCCCAUCCCACGCAACGUCAUUGCUUCUGCCUUCCCCACCAGCAGCAAAUGCCGCCUGCCGGCAGUGAUCCUGGUCACCAAGAAGGGGAAGGAGGUAUGUGCAAACCCCGAGGAGUCCUGGGUGCAGAAACGCCUGGAACUCUUCCAGAGCCAAGAAAACUGACCUUCAGUGCUGUGCCCCUGGGCUUGGCCCACAGGAACACUCGUGCACCAGAGCAUUUGAACUGGAUUGUCUUCAAUACGGAAUUUAUUCUAUUUAACUUAUUUAAGUUAAAUUAAAUAUUUUUUUCUAAGAAAAUGAAAAAUACAAAAAUAAUUUAAAAGAUAUCACAACAUAAUAAUCCAUUAUGGUCAUAGUUUUUCCGAUGCCUAAAUAAAGUUUUUGGACUAUCAAA